AUGAAAGAUUUAUUGGUUGAGUUUGAUGAUUUACCUGAUGAAAUUCUUAUGUAUAUAUUUAAAAAAUUGUACAAUGUUCAAGUACUUUAUUCUUUAAUGGGUGUUAAUCAACGACUCAAUAGAAUUGUACAUGAUACAAUUUUUACUCGUGAUUUAUGUUUGCUAGAAUAUUUACCAGACAACAAAACUAGCUCUCCAUUAUCAGAUCCAAUACUUGAUCAAUUUUGUUCAAAAAUUUUACCUGAAAUUGGGCACCGAAUUAAAACUCUUUAUCUUGAACAAACAUCAAUGAAACGUAUUCUUCAUGCUACAAAUUAUCCUAAUUUAAAUAACCUUAGUUUAUUUCAUAUCGACUCCGAAACACCUAUGUCUCUAUUUGAUGAUAAAAAUCCUUUAACUCAUAUAUUCAAGAAUCAAAUUUCAUCACUCUUUAUCAAUUUUAAUAAUGUAAAGGACUCGUUUCCAAUGAGAACUAUCUAUUCAACUAUAUUUGAAAAAAUUUUGACCAUAUUUACUAAUUUACAAUGCUUAAAAUUCAAUCCAUCUGCAUCUGAUGAUGAUGCUGUAGUGUUUUGUUUGAUACGUGAAACUGCUAUCUCUUCAACUUUAUUAGAGUUACAUAUCAGUGUGCUAGAGAUGCCGGACUGUCUUGAUCUACUUGAUGGACGUUUUGAUCAACUUCGUGUACUUUAUGUUACUGUUGAUAGGAUUUUGCCUUGGUUAGAAAUUCAACAUGAUCUAUUACCAAACUUACGAAUUUUUUCUUUAUGCUUCAAGCGUAAGGUAUAUCAUUUUGAUAAAUCAAUUGUGUUACUUCUACGUCGAAUGUUAAAUUUAGAAGAACUUCAUUUAAAUAUUAUAGUCAAAUGUAAUGGAAAAUUUAUUGAUAGUGAUACACUGAUGAAAGAUAUUAUUAUUUAUAUGCCACGAUUAUAUAAAUUUACAUUUAAUAUUUGCUCAAUCAUUAAUCAUUGUGAUGAAACGAAUUUCUCAUUAACUGAACAUAUUGAGAAAACAUUUGAAUAUUUUCCUAAUAAUAAUGAAAUAAUAACUUGUAUUGAUCAUUUUCAAGAAGAAGGAUAUAGUCAAUGUCAUAUUUAUUCAUAUCCAUAUAUAUGGGAAGUUUACAAUAACAUAACAAAUAAUUUUCGAGGUGGAUUAUUUACUAGUAUUACUGAAGUAUCAUUAUAUGAUGAACGUCCAUUUGAAUAUGAAUUUUUUCUUCGAAUUUCAAAAUCAUUUCCAUUUAUGAAAGAAUUAACAAUAAAGAAUCGAAAAGCACAAAAUAAUAAACAACUUAUAAAAUCAAAUAACGAUAAUCAAAUGUUAUCAAUUAUUGAAUAUCCUAAUCUUACUCGACUUGAUCUUUUUUAUACUCAUAAUGAUUAUAUCGAAUUAUUUUUAUUUGAUAGGAAAAUGUCUUUGCCAAAUAAUCUUCAUCUUUGUGUCGAUUAUCAAUUACUAGAAAAAGUGACAUACAAUUUUACAAGAUAUGAAAGACCAAAUAAUUUCGCAAAACUUGCUGCUCUAUAUUUUUAUCCAGUGGAUCAAAUCGAUGAACGUAUCAAAAAGUAUUUUCCUCAUAUAUGUAUACGUUGUAUUGCUGAUUUUGUAUUAUGUAAAUAA